UCAUGUCAAAAUAGAUUUUUUAUUUAUACAUCGGCUCUUCUGACAAGUCUGAUUAUCCGUGUGGUCAUAGUGUGAUAUAAAUUGGGACGGAUGGAGUAAGUGCAUACUUGAGCCAACCCUCAAACAUAAAGGACCAUUGUUGUAAUUUUCUCUUCGAAUAGUGCUUUUUCCUCUUGGGUCAUUUUGCGGUUGGCCGUCAGGACAGAAGAGCGAAAAAUGGCUUGUCUUCAAUAUGGACGGAAUAGUAUCCGUCAACAGUUGAAGAAUGUGAAGAGUAUUUUCCAGAAAUGUGAUGGAGGUUUACACCAUCCACUAUAUCACGCCGUACAAGGUGUCAGAUACAGAAAACUACAAGUCAUUCUCACUACUAGCAUAGACAAGCUUGGAAAAGCAGGGGAAACUGUGAAAGUAGCGCCUGGAUAUUUUCGCAACCAUCUUAUGCCCAAAUUGCUGGCUGUACCAAAUAUUGACAAGUACAGGCAUCUCAUGGAAGAUCAGCGAAAGCUUUACCAACGCGAGGAAGUUGAAGAGGUUAAAAUAGUUCCAGCAACCAAGGAAGAUAAGAUGAAAGAAUACCAGAUGGCAGCAAACCGCCUGGAUAGAACUAAGUUGGUACUAAGAAAGCUCGCAAAGAAACCAUUGACAAAAGAUGACAAUGGGGGGACUUUUAUUCAGGAACCUGUCGGAAAAGAUGAAAUCGUGGCUGAGGUGGCGAGACAGAUCUCUGUUCGGAUUGAACCAGAACAUUUGGUUCUGGAUACACCUUUGCACGUGAUGGGCGAGUUUGAAGUACCACUGCGGAUGCCAAGGUCCAUUCCGUUGCCAGAAGGUAAGACCCAAUGGGUUCUGCAAGUCAAAAUUCGGGGCAAAUGAAGAGAACACUUUCAAGAACAUUCGAUUCCGAAAGACCGGAUUAAUGAUUAAUGGUCAUCCAUAAUACAGAGUAGUUGUGACAUAAAUUAAGUCAUCACUGCUUUCGAAUGUGAUGAUGGCCUGAGCUUUAUUGUUCAUCUGUAGCUUUAGCAUAGGUGCUUGUCUCUUGGCAGAUAAAGAUUAGCAUUUUCUCCAGCUAUAUUUAGAUUUUUGGAAAUUAGCAUUUCUAACUUGUUGGAAAUUUUUGGUGGAUGAUAAUGAGAUAGUUGGACUGUUUGCCCUUC